CUUCAUUCUUCCUUCCUUAGAGAGGUCGUCUCCAGAGUGCUUGAGGGAGGCGGGCACGCGCAGGAAUGAGCGAGGGAGAGGAAAAGAGAAGAAAGGAGAGAGGAUUGGAACAAAACGACAAGCCCCGCCCUCCACCGGUGGCCAUCUGUCAAUCACACGUUUGUCCUGUGGCCCGAGGAAGUCCACGCCAUGCACACAUGCGCAGAAGCAAAUUAAUUGCCUGUCAGAGUGUAAAAGAAAAGAUGUGAAGAUCCAUCCAGCUAUCCGUUUUCUACUGCUUAUCCGAGGUCGGGUCGCGGGGGCAGUAGCUUUAGCAGGGACGCCCAGACUUCCAUCUCCCCAGCCACUUCAUCCAGCUUUUCCAGUGGGAUCCCGAGGCGUUCACAGGGCAGCCGAGAGACGUAGUCUCUCCAGCGUGUCCUGGGUCGUCCCCGGGGUCUCCUUCCGGUGGGACGUGCCCGGAACACCUCACCAGGUAGGCGUCCGGGAGGCACCGAAUCAGAUGCCUCAGCCACCUCAUCUGGCUCCUCUCAAUGUGGAGGAGCAGCAGCUCUACUCUGAGCCCCUCCCGGAUGACCGAGCUCCUCACCCUAUCUCUAAGGGAGAGCCCGGACACCCUGCGGAGGAAACUCAUUUCGGCCACUUAUAUCCGGGAUCUCGUUCUUUCGGUCACGACCCACAGCUCGUGACCACAGGCGAUGGUAGGAACGUAGAUCGACCGGUAAAUUGAGAGCUUCACGUUUCGGCUUAGCUCCUUCUUUACCACAACGGACCGAUACAAAGUCUGCAUCACUGCAGACGCUGCACCGAUCCGCCUGUCGAUCUGCCGUUUCAUUCUUCCCUCACUCGUGAACAAGACCCCAAGAUGCUUGAACUCCUCGACUUGGGGCAGGAUCUCAUCCCCGACCUGGAGAGGGCACACCACCCUUUUCCGUCUGAGGACCAUGGUCUCAGAUUUGGAGGGGCUGAUUCUUAUUCCAGCCGCUUCACACUCCAGUGUGAAAUGGAGAUCAAAGCUUGAUUAACCAACAGAACCACAUCAUCUGCAAAAAGCAGAGAUGCAAUUCUGAGGCCACCAAACCAGACCCCCUCUACGCCUCGGCUGCGUCUAGAAAUUCUGUCCAUAAAAGUUAUGAACAGAAUCGGUGACAAAGGGCAGCCUUGGCGGAGUCCAACCCUCACCAGAAACGAGUCCGACUUACUGCCGGCAAUGCGGACCAAACUCUGACACAGCCCGUAUCAGGGGGUUUGAUACCCCAUACUCCCGAAGCAGAGGCGUGUCGACCGGGACAGCCCACAACAUCCAGAGCUUUUAGGAACUCCGGGCGAAUCUCAUCCACCCCCUGGGCCUUGGCACAAAGGAGCUUUUGAACUACCUUGGUUAACCUCAACCCCAGAGAGAGGAGAGCCCACCUCAGAGACCCCAGACUCUGCUUCCUCAUGGGAAGGCGUUUCGGUGGAGUUGAGGAGGUCUUUGAAGUAUUCUCCCCAGCAGCUCACAACGUCCUGAGUCGAGGUCAGCAGCGCCCCAUCCCCACUAUACACAGUGUUGAUGGUGCACUGCUUCCCGCUCCUGAGACGCCGGAUGAUGGACCAGAAUUUCCUCGAAGCCAUCCGGAGGUCUUUCUCCAUGGCCUAACUGAAUUCAUCCACGCCCGAGUUUUUGCUUCAGCGACCACCAAAGCUGAAUUCCGCUUGGCCAGCCGGUACCCAUCAGCUGCCUCAGGAGUCCCACAGGCCAAAAAGGCCCGAUAGGACUCCUUCUUCAGCUUGACGGCAUCCCUCACCGUUGGUGUCCACGACAGGCACCGACCACCUUACGGCCACACCUCCGGUCGGUCGCCUCAGCAAUGGAGGCACGGAGCAUGGUCCACUCGGACUCAAUGUCCCCCGCCUCCCCCGGAACAUGAGCAAAGUUCUGUCGGAGGCGGGAGUUGAAACUCCUUAUGACAGAGGAUUUUGCCAGAAGUUCCCAACAGACCCUCACGAUACGUUUGGGCCUGGCAGGUCGGACCGGCAUCUUCCCCCACCAUCGGAGCCAACUAACCCUAACCCACUAGGUGGUGAUCAGUUGACAGCUCCGCCCCUCUCUUCACCCGAGGCGGCUCUGGGAGAACAUGAGAGAGACUUGUUGCGUGAGAGUAUUCAGGGAGUCCAUGAUUUUGCAGAGGGCUUUGUCUUGUCUGCCGAUAUGAGCGCCCUGGUGGGUGAACGGGUCCCUCAACACUUCCAUUGUUGCUGGGUCCAUGAUGGCCUGAGUAUUCUGUAACAAUACUAAUCAUAUCAGCUUAGACUGGACCCAAAAGCAGACUGAAGUGGAGGGAGUAGGUUUAGAAUGGUUUAUUGAGGGUUGGCUCAAGGUAAGGAUAUUCAAGGCGAGAUGGUGGACUGUCGGGACAAGGAGCGAGCAGGAAGCGGGGACGUGCACAGGGGGGGUUGUUUGGUGGCGUGGCUGGAGCGGACAGCGAGGCGGUGGGCACGGGAGGAGCACUGGAGACGAAGAACACAAUUGGAGCGCUGUGUGGCUGAUAAGAGGAAGCGAGGCGCCACGUUGUUGCCUUGAUAAGACAGCAGCAACGGAGCGGCGGCGGCGGCGGCGGCCGACGUUUGUCGACGGAAGACGAUGACACGAUAUCGCGUGAAUGGACACACAGCACCUGAUUAGCAUGUGGCACACGCCCCCAACAUGGAGGAGCACUUCCUGUUUGUGCAUACUUGGCAAAAAGUGGGAGCCAAUCACAAGCUGCGACAGCAACUGGAGUUGUUUUACUCCGUGGCGCUAACACUUCACCACACAAAGUACGGCAUCAGGUCCAUCAGGAUUGUCGGUACCCUCCUACCCACCCUUGAGGACUUGCACGCUGCCAGAACUAAGACAAGGGCGUGCAAAAUCCUCUCGGACCCUCCGCAUCCCGGUCACCGCCGGCUCUUCCGGCUCCUUCCCUCAGUAAAAGUCUUACAUUUAUCCACUUGGCUGGAGCUGCGGUGCGGCCGACACAACCUGGAGCUGAACACGCUCAAGACUGUAGAGAUGAUCGUGGACUUCAGGAGACAUCCUUCGCCACAGCUGCCCCUCACGCUGUCCAGCUGUCUUGUGUCAACCGUCGAGACCUUCAAGUUCCUGGGAAUUACAGUCUCUCAGGUCCUGAAGUGGGCAAUCAACAUCAACUCCGUCCUCAAAAAGGCCCAGCAGAGGAUGUACUUCCUGCGGCUUCUGAGGAAGCACGGCCUGCUGAGCCAGUUCUACACAGCGGUUCUUCCAUCAAAGUCGGGUUUGGUGGUGCUACAAAAAAGGACAAACUCCGACUGCAACGGACAAUCAAAAUUGCUGGGAAGAUUGUUGGUAACCCCUACCCAACCUUGAGGACUUGCACACUGCCAGAAUUCUCUUGGACACUCCAUAUCUUGGUUACCAGCUCUUCCAGCUCUUUCCCUCAGGUAGGCACUACCGAUCAAUGCAAACUAGAACUAGCAGACAUUCCUGCAUUUCAAAGGAAUGAUUCCAUACAUGGUGUGGGCCAUACCUCUAAGUUGGAGUAUAAAUAGUUGAGUCUUCCACACAAACACUGGCUAGUGAAUCCUAACUAAGCCUUGUCGCAUGAACUGAUGAAGCCUGCUCGGAUGGGCCAGUCGUGGCCCAAUGGUUAAGAUCAUCGCCUGCCACCGUGGGGACCUAGGUUCAAGACCCUGACCAGACCAUCUGUCAACAUCCCCCAGACCCAUGGCCGUGGUGUCCUUGAGCAAGACACUGAUACCGCGAAACUGCUCCCUGGGCAGCUUCAGCUUCCCCCCUGCUCCAGUGUGUUCCACUAGCAAGUGUGUGUGUUCACUGUGAUGGGUAAAAUGCAGUGUGCACGUGCACGUGUUCAUGUUCAUGACAAAAAAGGUGAUUCUUCUUCUUCUUCUUCUUCAUUAACACCGUUCACAUACGGCAGAAUGAGCGUGCUCACUUGAACUUUUAUCAGGAAGGGCUUUUGAGUUUAGAUGCUGGCAAUUUGAAUUCGCCAGCUCGUUGAACAUGGGCAAUAUUAGCUUGGCCACAUCCCGUUUCAAUCAGCCAUUGGCGAGUUGGCGAAAGGGCAGCUGGAACCCUGAUUGUACAGUUGUAGAGAUCGCAAACGGCCGUCGCAGAUGCCAGGGUUCUCGCUGUGGGCUCUGUGUUGUGUGGAAACCGGUGAGUCUGUUUGAGUCCGUCAUGUUUUGCUUGAUUGCCAGAGCACAGUAGCAUCACUAGCUCCACACAAACACUGGCUAAUGCAUCCAAGCAUUGCUUUACUAAUGCCGCACAUUAUCGACUGCAGUAGUGAUUGUUUAUGGCUUGGCUAAAGAACUUGAAAAGUCAUGUUGGCCUCGCCGAGUAUUUCUGAUUUCACUGUAUGUUGUAUUUCAAUGCACUUUAUUUUCCAAGGAGUAUUGUGAAAGUUGAAUUGUCAUUUUUUUGUCACAGUGAUGUGACUGAAUGAAAACAAUUAUAUUUGAUAUUGCUAUUUAACGGUGUACGCAAGAAAAGGAAAGAAACUAGCUAGUGUUAAUUCAUCUUUGAUGUUCUUACUGAUGGUUGGUCCUGUGUAUGUAACAGGGCAGGUGUGACCUGUUGGGGUCUUCACCAUCCGCCAUCUUCACGUCCUCCUUGUUAAGCACUGUGAUGUGACUUUCUGUCUACCUCCAUCUUGUUUGCUGUCAACAUUGUCUCAUGUUUCAUGCAGUCUCCCCCCGCUAUAUCGCCGUCCAUCCCCCACACGAGUUGCACACCUUCAGUGCAGUACCACGUUGUGCUGCAACAUGCUGGGUAGCACUGAGCUCUACUGGGAGAGAGGAUGAGUAAUUAAGGACAAGAAGAAGAGGCAGAGAUGGUCCCCAACUAAGCUCUAGUCAUAGUCGAUAGUAGGGGGUGAGGUUGCAUGUGUGUGUGUGUGCACGCGUGCGUGUGUGUGUGUGUGUGUGUGUGUGUGUGUGUGUGUGUGUGUGUGCACGUGCACCUCAGCAGCCCAUUACAGUAGGUGCUGUCAGCAAUAAGGGGGAAGUUCCAAAGGAGGAAUAACUCCAAGCUUCCUUCUUAACGUCACCUGGCAUCUUUGCACACACGAGCACACAUGCAUGCACACACACCAUGAUGUGCUUGUUAAGCGGCGCAUGUGGCUGCCGUGGUAACGCUGAGCUUUGAGUCGAUCCUUCGUGUGGAAAAUGAAGUUGUAUUUUUUCUUUUCUGCCUGUCGCCAUGGCGACGUGACGCCGGCCAAGGCCAACGCGUCAAGUGUUCUUCUCGUGCAUUUGUGAGUUUUUACAUGUGCGCAUUGUCACGCUGAACACACACACACACACCUGGCCAGACGUUUAGCACGACAUCACCGUGAACGAGAGUUCUCAUUGGUUGCACAGAAUACGCGACAGGAAGCAAUCUGCUGCACUGAAGAAUGUCAUGUUAAUUUGUUCAUGAUAAUGUCACAGUUCCAUCUGAUGAUGUAAUAGCACAUGGAAGAUAAAGUCAACCUCUCAAUGAUAACCGAGGAUGAAGACCAUGCAUGAGGACGUUUGAGCAUUGUUGGCGACCACACUGCAGACCAUCGCCAUAACACGCCAUCGCCGUGCCGUCAUUACACGCUGCACAAGUGAGACGCUUCGCCGCCUCCGCAACACAUGAGCUUGCGCGUGGGUGUUGCCGUAUGAAGAAAUUCUCCGCAGGCUGUCACACAUGCUGAUAGUUUGCCGGCUCUAUGAAUUCUGGGUAAAUGUUGACUUACCGAAUGAAUAUUCAGCAAGCAAACACACAAUCUCCUUCAGCUGUGUGUGUGUGUGAGUGUGCAGGCAUGAUAGAGCAGCAGCUGACUGAUGGAGAAAAUUUAGAAAGGUUGACGCAUAUGCUGGAAAAAAGAGGAAUGAAGAUUAGCCGAAGUAAGACAGAACAUAUGUGCAUGAAUGAGAGGGUCAUAUUAUAUUCUUCGUAUAAGAAAAAACAAGAACAAAAAUUGGAAAAUGGAAUGGAGGAAAACAUUUAACACCUCAAGAAGAAUAUGCAAUUAAUCCGACAGAUCUGCUUCGACUUCAAAAGGCAAAACAUCAAUUAGACGUAAUCUUAUCAAAAACAGUUAAGCUACACUAACUUUGAGUAUAAUAACAAAUCGGGAAAAUUCCUUGCAAACCAACUUCAGCGCAACAAAAAGUCAUUAAUUACAGCCAGCCCUGCGAUUGGCUGGCAACCAGUGCAGGGCGUACCCCGCCUCCUGCCCGAUGACAGCUGGGAUAGGCUCCGGCACGCCCGCGACACUCGUGGGGAGAAGCGCGACAGAAAAUGGAUGGUUGCAUAAUUACAGCCAUUCAAGAUUCAAAAUUGUCACCGCUAGAAAUAAAUGACAUUUUUGAAAAUUUGUAUAGCAUCUUAUAUGCAUCUUCGAACAAACCAGACCAAAAAGAAAUGGAAACUUUUAUGAAGGAUCUAAACAUCCCUCAAUUAAAUACACAAAUUAAAGACAGCCUUGAUGUUCCUUUAAGCAUCGCAUAAUUACAUAAUGCGUUACAAAAAAUAUGCAAUCGUUGAAUUCAUUAAACAUUUUUGGCCAAUACUAGCGCCUCUAUUUUUCAGAACAGUCAAGGAAAUAAACGAUAAAGGUAGAAUUAGUAGUCAUAUGAACACAGCUUCAAUUAAGUUAUUAUGAAAGUCAGGUAAAGAAGACCCCAUUCUCCCGGCUAAUUAUCGUCCCUUAUCACUGAUUAAUGUAGAUAUCAGGAUUAUCUCGAAAGAACCUCGCAGCGAGACUUGAAAAGGUACUCCCGUCGAUAAUCCACUAUGAGCAGACAGGUUUCAUUAACGGUAGACGUUCCGCAAAUAAUGUCACAAGUCUCUUAGCUUUAAUAAGCAUGUCACAGCGUAAAAAUCGAAACGCAAUCAUCAUGUCACUUGAUGCAGAGAAAGCUAUCGAUAAAGUUAGCUGGGCUUUCCUGUUUGCAGUACUUCGCAAAAUUGGCUUUGGAGAUUCAUUUAUACAUUGGACGGCAACAUUAUACAAUUCGGCGAAAGCGACAGUCACCACAAAUAGGAUUACGUCACAAGGUUUGACAUGACAAAGAGGAAUCAGACAACGAUGUCCACUCUCACCAAUGCUAUUUGCAAUAUUCAUCGAACCUCUUGUUGCCGCUAUACGUCACAGUGCUAAUAUUAGAAGGUAUCUGCUCACUCGUGACAGAAGCAAAACUCAAUCUAUAUGCUGAUGAUAUUCUUCUUUACUUACAGGAACCCAAGUAUUCUCUUCAGGCAGUAUUCAAUCUCAUUAAAACAUUUUCCCAACUAUCAGACGACUCUACUAACUGGACAAAAUCAACAAUAUUCCCAAUAACAGCAAACUCAUGGACUCCUGCAGAUCAAAUCCCAGAUUACCCUGUUCCUAUAGGAAACAUUAAGUAUUUAGGUAUCAAUAUGUGGUCAAAACUCAGAGAGCUAACAAAUCUAAAUUACACACCACUUCUGGAAAAAAAAAAUCUCAGUUGACUUAAAACGCUGGAAUAACCUGCCUAUAUCAUUACUGGGAAGGAUAGCUACAAUAAAAAUGAAAACCUUACCUCAAAUAAAUUAUUUAGCUAACCAAUUACAAUACCUCAUCAAAUGGUUGCACCACAAUGAGGAGUGUGAUUCUUGGCUGGAAUUGCAACAACAUCAAACUCCCAAAACUCCCAUUUAUUUCUACUAGUCUUAAAAGCCAUAAAUACUUCAAGAAUCCAAUAAUCUGAAUCAGAAUCAUCUUUAUUUGCCAAGUAUGUCCAAAAAACAAUUUGUCUCCGGUAGUUGGAGCCGCUCUAGUACGACAACAGACAGUCAAUUGGCAGAGAACACUUUGGAGACAGAAAGACAUUGACAAAAAAACAGCAAUAAA